AUGGCCGUCACUCGGUGUGUUGCACUCGUUGCAGCGUUCCUUUACUUGACUUCGGCCAGUGUCAUUCUCCGCAGGGACCUGACACCGCCGACGAUCCCCCAGGAUGGCUGGACCUACAUCGGAUGCUUCGUUGAUAGCACUGCCCAGCGCGCCCUCAACGGUGCCGUCCACUAUGACACGGCCGGCUUGACAGCGGAGACGUGUGUCGCCUUCUGCGACGGUGCCGGCUUCUCCUACGCCGGCAUGGAGUACACGGCCGAGUGCUGGUGUGGUAACACGGUGCCCACCACCGAGGUGGACGACUCGGACUGCAGCAUGCCUUGUUCUGGCGACGCCGAUCAGCCCUGUGGUGCUGGAAACAGGUUGACUGUCUUUAAGGGCCCCGCUACUACUGGCCCCGGGGCGCCUCCUACUAUUCCGGGAUGGUCCUAUCUCGGCUGCAUCGAGGAGGGAUCUACUGGCCGCGUUCUGACCACGCAGGUCUGGUUGUCGGGAGGUGCCAGUUCCAUGACCAACGAGCUCUGUGUCGCCGCCUGUGAGGCAGAUGGCUUCAGUCUCGCCGGCACCGAGUACUCUGGCGAGUGCUUCUGCGGCAACGAGUAUGCCAACGGCGGUGGCGACCUUGCCGACGGCUGUACCAUGGCGUGCCAUGGCGAUGGGACCCAGUUCUGUGGUGGCCCCAACCGCCUCAGUGCCUGGACUUUUGGUGAUGCACCCGUGUCCUCGGACAGCCCCUCUUCGGUGGCAUCCACGACCACGGCCAUCCCGGUGGCUUCGUCCUUGACCACAGUCGUCUCAAGCUCCGUGACUUCAUCCUCUUCAGAUGAGACGUCCACUUCCAGUGCCGUGUCCUCAACCUUGUCGGAUCUUCCCACCGUCUCCGGCCUGCCUACCGGCUGGGAGUACAAGGGCUGCUACAUUGACCCUCCUGGACGUGCCAUGGACGGCGCUCCGGGAAGCCCCUCUUCAAGCAACACUCCCGAGAUGUGCAUUGCCACGUGCAUUUCCAAUGGCUUCAACAUCGCCGGCAUGGAGUACUCGGAGGAGUGCUACUGCGGCAACUCGUUGAACAACGGCGCCUCCAAGACGGACGAGGCGGACUGCAACAUGGCCUGCUCUGGCGACGACACCCAGAUGUGCGGUGCCGGCAACCGCCUGUCCCUCUACUCCAAGGGCGACUUCACCAUCUGGCCGGUGCCUGUGGUCAAGGAGACCGACCUGCCUGGCUCGUGGGAGUACAAGGGCUGCGUCUUCGACAACGGCAACCCCUACAUCCUUGAGUGGCUCUGGGAGGACGCCGUCAACUACGCCAGCAGCGAGAUGACGAUUGACCUCUGCCUCAAGCGCUGCCAGAAGUUUGGUUACUCCGCCGGCGGUGUCGAGUAUGGCCGCCAGUGCGUCUGCGGCGAUCUUCGCGCCGUCGAGUCCCGCGAUGAUGUCUUCAAGGCGGACUCUUUCUGCAGCAUGCCUUGCCCUGGCGACCGCAACUACACGUGCGGUGCCGGCAACCACAUCAACUACUACGAAUGGACUGGAGAUUCACUCAACACGUUCCAUUACGCGUCUGGUUAUGCCGCGGGCGAGUACGACUUUUUCUCCACGUCGCCCAUCGUGCCCCUGAUCUCCUCUGUUGGCAUCAACAACAAGGUCGUCUUUGUUGAGAAGCACGGAACGUCUCUGGACAACACUGAGGGCUCCUUCGAGUUUGACUACUCCACCAACACGUACCGUGAGCUCGCCCUCAAGACGGACGUUUUCUGCUCAGCCUCUUUCACUCUCCCCGACAAGGCUGGCCGCAUGAUUAACAUUGGCGGCUGGUCGGCCGAGUCUGUCUAUGGCGUCCGCUUCUUUACUCCCGACUCGCCACAGGGCGUGGACAACGGCACCAACAACUGGGAAGAGGACUACACGAUAUUGCGCCUCUUUGAUCCCCGCUGGUAUCCCACGGCCAUUAUCCUGAGCAACGGCUCGCUGCUCGCCAUGGGCGGCGAGUCUGGCUCUGACGCGCCCAUCGUGCCGACGUGCGAGGUUCUGCCUCACCCCGACGGCGUCACCGAGUCCACGUACCUCGACUACCUUGCUCGUGCCGACGAGAUCAACCGCCGCAACUCGUAUCCCUUUUUGGCCAUCCUGCCUACCGGCGACAUCUUUUUUGCCCAGUUCAACGAGUCGCGUAUCAUCUCCCAGACCGACUUCCAGUCCAUCCGGAAGCUGCCUGACAUGCCCGGCGCCGUCGACAAUCCCCUAACUGGCCGCAACUACCCCUUGCAAGGCACCAUGAUGAUUAUGCCCCAGAAGGCCCCCUACACCGACCCUCUGACCGUUCUGGUAUGCGGUGGCACCACCGCUGAGCCCGGCAACGAGGCUCUUGACAACUGCGUCAUCAUGCAACCCGAAGUCCCAGGCGCCGAGUGGACAAUUGAGAGAAUGCCCUCGAAGCGCGUUAUGCCCACAAUGGUGGCUCUUCCUGACGGCCGCUACCUCAUGAUCAAUGGUGCCAAGGUUGGCCGUGGUGGCUUCGGUCUGGCUGACGACUCCAACUUCAACGCCGUCAUUUAUGACCCUGAACAGCCCCUCGGCCACCGCAUGACGGUCCUGGCCAAUACCACCAUUGCCCGCAUGUACCACUCCGAGGGCGUUCUCCUCAGCGACGGCAAGGUGCUCAUCUCGGGCUCUGACCCACAGGACCAGGGCAAGCACCCCCAGGAGUACCGCCUCGAGUACUUCUGGCCCGACUACCUGCUGUCGGGUGCCACGCAGCCCGAGUUUUCCAUCAAUGAUCACGACUGGGAAUACGGCGGCACCUACAGCUUCAGGCUCGACUCGACACUGGCCGAGGGCGCUUCCAACAUGCGCGUCUCCCUCAUGGCCUCUAUCGGCUCCACCCACGGCGUCACCAUGGGCCAGCGCACCCUGUUCCCCGACUUCUCUUGCGCUGGCAAUACCUGCACCGUCACGGCGCCACCGAAUUCCUUCGUAAGCCCCCCCUCGUGGUACCAGAUGUUCGUCCUCGACGGUCCCACGCCCUCGCACGCCAUCUGGGUCCGCAUUGGUGGCGACCCGGCUGAGUUGGGCAACUGGCCUCAGUUGCCGGGCUUCACUACUCCUGGUGUAUAG